AGACCGCUGCCGCCGAAAGCCGAGCUUCGUUCGUGCGUCUGAGAUGCCCUCCCAUCUCGAUCGUGAAGAGCGAAGAGCGAUGCCACUGCGGUCACCGUCUAUAUAGAUGAUGAGCCUCAAUCACUCGGUUCACUUCUCGGGUCGCCGUCAAUGAGUGCAGUCGCUCGUGUUUCUCUAAUGAAGUGCAGCUCAUGUCCGAAGGGUAUAACUUCUGAGACGUCCGCCGUACAGUGCGCUCGGCUCGAGUUCUGUGCCUGUGUGUCUGCUUAGUGUUCGAUCGUUCGGUCAGUUGGUCGUCCGUUCGGAUCGUAGUCUCCCAGGUUUGAGCGGUCUCGAAGUAUCGGAGAACUCGUCAUCGCAGUCAGUCCGACAGAGCCCUACAUCGCACGAUGUCCAAGCGAAAGUCGCGAGUAGCUCUUGCCUCCGACUCGGAGGGUUCUGCUGCGUCUUCGGACGAAGACAGAUCCAUGGCGAACAAGAAACCCAGAGUGGACGAUGAUGACGAUGCCACUUCGGAUUCUGGUGACGAAUGGGGUACCAAAGGGAAAAAGAAGGUGCUAUCGAAGAAAGCUUCGCCUAAAGAUAACUCAGACAAGAAUUCCGAUUACGAGAGCGAGGAGGGUGAAAUCACCGAUGAUUCGGUGGGCGGCUCAGACGUCAGCGAGGAGUUCAACGAUGGCUACGACGAAAACCUGAUGGGUGACGAGGAGGAUCAGGCCCGACUUGCCAAAAUGACAGAAAAAGAGCGAGAGCAGGAGAUCUACAAUCGGAUCGAGAAACGUGAAAGGCUCAGAGCUCGCUUCGAAAUCGAGAAGAAGUUGCGCCAGGCUAAAAAGAAACAGGAAUCCAAGGAGAAACAGUUCACCGAUGUUUCAAUGCGAUCCAAGGAACGCAAGAAGAACUUGGAAGGCCGACAGGACAAGAAAAGUCAAGCCAUCCAAAGUUUGAAGGCUGAGCGUGAGAAGAAAAAGAAGGCCGAAGAAGAGCGCAAGGAGAAAGAGGACACGAAAAAAGAUUCCGGUGCUCUGAAGAAACUCAAGGCGUCCGAUAUUUAUUCCGAUGACGACAGUUCCGAUAGCGAGAGCGACUCGGACGCGAGCUCCACGAAACGCUCAGCUUCUCGGAGUCGUUCCCGGAGUCGGAGUCCUUCGAGGAGCAGGUCCAGCUCGAGAAGUAGGAGUAGGUCUUCAGAUUCCGAUUCAGAUUCAGCUUCGUCUCGACAUAGUGAAGAACGCGUCGUUCACGUCAACACGAGAGAUCAGCUCUCGCAGAUCCGAUUAUCCAGGUUCCGUCUCGAGAAAUGGCUCUUCAUGCCAUUCUUCGCCAAGACCGUCGUCGGCUGCUUUGUGAAAAUCGGAGUUGGGCAAAUGGGAGGAGCUCAGAACUACAGAAUCGCCGAGAUUCUGGAGGUGGUGGAAACCCCGAAAGUUUAUCAAUGUGGCAAGAAUCGAACCAAUAGAGGCCUCAAGCUGAAACACGGCAAGGAAGAGCGCAUCUAUAGAAUUGAAUACGUUUCGAAUCAGGAGUUCACGGAAAACGAGUUCCAAAAAUGGAUGGCAGCGAUGGGCGUCGACAACAUCGGGCUUCCGACCGUGUCCUUCAUCGAGAAGAAGAAAAAGGAUCUGGAAGCAGCCAACAAUCACUCGUGUUCGGCAAAUGACAUUCAACAAAUGGUUGACGAGAAGAAGAAGUUCAAGAAAAACCCUCACAAUUAUGCAAUGGCCAAAACAGAGGUGAUGAAGAAGAAAGAAAUGGCGGAGCAGCAAGGUGACCAGGAAGAGGCUCGCAAAUGGAGCGAGGAACUCGAUAGGCUCGAAGAUCGAGCAAAGGAGCUGGAUAAACAGCGGACUAGUACGAUAUCCGCUAUCGCAUACAUUAAUGAAAGGAAUCGUCAGAAGAACAUUGUGGACAUCGAGCGCGCUAUACUCGAGGAGGCGAAGAAAAAUAAACUCAAGGCGGACGACCCGUUCACGAGACGGAAGUGCGCGCCGUCUCUCGUGACGAAGAAGAAUGUGGUUGAGAAGAUCUCUUCCGAACAACUCAAGACACUCGAAGAGAUGAAGAAGAAGGACCAGGAACGUCGUCGACUGGAAGAGGAGAACCAGAAACGUGAGGCCGAUGAGCUGGCCAAGAAGAAGAGAGAUUCCGAAAAGGCUCCCAGACAGAACGGCGAGGACCUUUUCACCGCUCACGAUUUCGACAUCAAAAUCGAUCUGGAUUCCUCGAUCCCGUCGGCCUCGGUAGCCCAUCCGAUCCGAGCUUCCUUCGGGGGAACAUCUUUCCUCAGGGAUACUGCGCCCAAACGAUCCCUCAACCUCGAAGAGUACAAGAAAAAACGGGGUCUGAUCUGAACUUGCUAUUCAAUCUGGUCGUAGUAAACGGGGUCAUGUUGAGUACGGGGAACAUCGCGUCCAGUGAUGUCAUUUGUUGAAAAGAUGAAACAAUUCUUAUCUAUUGGGUUCGGGAAGUGUAUUCACAGGAAGUAAAUAAACUGUACAAAACUGU